CGGAUGUGACGCAAAAUUAACCGCGACAUUUUCCGUUGCUGUAAUAUUCACGUGGAGUAUUUUGAAGCAAGCACACGAGUGAAGCCCUCAAAAUGAAACAAUACGGAGGAGUAAUAAAACCUAAGACGAAGAGGGCUAAGCGCUUCCUUGACAACAGAGCUCCCAAGCUUACAGAGAACAUCAAGAAUGCCAUGAUUAUGAAAGGAGGCAACACCAGUAUGACUGUCACUCAGGCCUUAAAAGACAUUUAUGCCCUGAAGAAACCAAGUGCUGUACUGUACAAAAAGAAAAAUAUAACUAGGCCAUUUGAGGAUUCUACAUCAUUGGAAUUCUUCUCGAAGAAAACAGAUAGUUCUCUGUUUUUGUUUGGCUCACACAACAAGAAAAGGCCAAACAAUCUCAUAUUUGGUCGUCUGUUUGAUUUCCAUGUGCUGGAUAUGAUUGAGCUCGGCAUUGAGAAGUAUAACUCCCUAAGUGACAUCAAGAGCAGCAAAUGUCCCGAGGGGACUAAACCGAUGCUGGUGUUUGCAGGGGAGGCUUUUGACCAUGACAAUGACCACAAACGCCUAAAGAGCCUUCUUACAGACUUCUUCAGAGGUCCUGUUGUGCCUUCGGUGCGCCUGGCUGGUCUGGAGCAUGUCCUGCACUUCACUGCUCUGGAGGGGAAAAUCUACAUGCGCAGCUACAGAUCUCUGUUGAAGAAGUCUGGAUGUCGGACCCCAAGGAUUGAGCUGGAGGAGAUUGGGCCGUCUUUUGACUUUAUCUUGCGGAGAACCCACCUGGCAUCAGACGACCUGUACAAGACAGCUCACAAACAGCCCAAGGCUCUGAAGCCCAAGAAGAAGAAGAACAUAUCCCACGAUACUUUUGGUACCAAGUUUGGCAGGUUGCACAUGCAGAAGCAGGAUCUGGCCAAGCUCCAGACACGUAAGAUGAAGGGUCUGAGGAAGAGGAGGGGCCCGGCAGCCGCUGCUGUUGUGGCGGGAGAGACGUCCCCGAAAGCCACUGAAGUAGAGUGAAGUCUUCCCAGGCUUUAAUGGACAUUUCACAAGCUCACGUCAUCAAGUUAACUGUGGAUGUUGACUGAUUUCUUCAGAAUUGUCAUCAAUGAUGAAAAGAAUGACCCCCACAUGUUUACCUUCUGCAGGUAUGUUCGUCAAUGUUUCAAGACAACAAUGUGGUGGUGUGCUAAUCGAUAUCUCUUUUUAAUGCCUUGCAAAUUGUCUUCAUUCUGUUGCUGAUGUUGCGUAGGUUGGAAAGGUUUUGUGUGAAUGGCAGGCAGUCUGUGUGGGUGCAUAAGAAAAAUUUGAAUUAGCCAUCAUUCAUCUAAAAUACUUUUAUUUUCUGUAUUUUAAACUGCGCGUACAUCGAGGAACAGUUCUCAAUAUGAAUAAAUUUGUUUUGUA